AUGGACAAUUUAAGUGAUGAAGAAAUUUAUAAUGAUCGUAAUCGAAUUGAACCGUUUGUUAAAGCAAUCACAAGAAAUAAACAUUUGUUUAAAGAUAAAAUUGUAUUGGAUCUGAAUGCAGGCAUGGGAUUGCUUAGUGUUCUGGCUUCGGAAUCAGGAGCUAAAUAAGUUAUCGCUAUGAAAGCAAAUAGUUAUGCUACUGAAAUUAUGAAACUGAAUAACAUCUAGAAUGCUAAACUAUACAACGAGAAUGUAAGGGAGGUGGAAUUAAAUUGCAAAGUCGACAUCAUAAUUGCUGCUUGGAUGGGCAAUAUGUUAUUUUACGGUGGAUGCAUACAGGAUGUCAUCUAUGCAAGAGACAAAUAUCUCAAUCAAGAUGGUUUCAUCAUGCCUGACAAAGGGUAAUUAUAUCUCUAAUCGAUUGAAGAUAGUUAAUAUCGCAAAACGAAGAUGAAUUUUUGGUAUUUUGAAUUAUGAGUUUGUAGGGAUUCUGUGUAUGGGGUUAACAUGAAAUGGAUGAAACAAUGGAUUGCCAAAGAGCCACUUCUGGAAAGCAUAAAGGAAAAUCAAUUAAAUAGUGAUGAAUAAUUGAUCUACGAGAUCAAUUUACAAACUUGUACUUUGAAAGAUCUUAGCUUUAGUAAUUAAUACUAAGUGAAGAUCAAGAGAUAAGAUUACGCAACUGGGGUCAUUGUGUGGAUGAAAUACUCUUUCACUUAUACUCAUCUGCCAAUCCAUGUGAUUAUGGGUCCAACCAAGUCUCCUUAUUGGAAACCAGUCAUUUUGUAUUUUAGAGAAGAACUACCAGUAAAUAAGGGUGACAAAUUAGAAGGUGUAUUGAUGUUUUUGAUUAUCAUUUAGGUUCAUUGGCUGUGAAAUUCGAAUCAGAAGAACUCUUGCAAAUUAAGUUAUCUGUACAUAUGCAACAUUAUAAUUAUGUAUCAUAUUUUAAAUUAAAUUGA